AUGACGGGCGGCUUUCAUUUUGUCAUUAUUUCAAAGCAAAAGGUUGUUUUAGACUAUCCCAUUGGAAAACAGGAAAAGGCAGAGGAUACAGAUGACUCUUUACCAGAGGAUGGACGGGUUAAAGUGCCGGGCGGAGAUAAAACCCCAUCUGAGCCCCCGAAGCAGGAUGAUGGCAAGGACAGUCAGUCGAGCAAGGCUAGCUACAAGAAUACCGUUGGUCCCCUCAGUAUCAGCCAGAUAGGUUUCCGUUAUGACGGCGGCACCCUUGCCAUUCUGAUGGAUGCGGCUAUUGCGUUCGGACCAGUGGCCCUCGACCUCAUUGGCUUCACGCUCGGGCUGCACUUCAAGGGGGCCGACGGGUCGACAAAGAGUCUAAAGAGCCUGAGUUGGCAUGACGUCGAAGUCUCUAUUAGCGGCGUUGGUGUCAAGUUUGAGCGGCCGCCUUUGACUAUCUCGGGAGCCUUCUUCCACGAGAAGACGGUGGAGAGUGACAUGUAUGCCGGUGGUCUGACGGUUGGAUUCACGCCUUGGCUCUUCCAAGCCGCAGGAUUCUAUGGUGUUGUAGGGAAUGUGAACGACGCCCACGCCUUCAAGUGUAUCUUUGCCUACGCCAUGUUGCAUGGACCCAUCAUGAAUAUUGCCGGCUUCGCAGAGAUCUCGGGACUCACGGGUGGCUUCGGCUACAACAUUGAUUUGACACUGCCGACAUUGGAUAACAUCGUGAGCUUUCCACUGCUUACUCCGUCAGCGGAGUCUGUUCCGCCAAAAGAGCUGGCGAGGACCUUGGUCCCAGGUGGUGACCAGCGCUCUCCUUUCUUCAACCCACUCAACGGCGCAAUGUUUAUUGCGGCUGGAUUUACGGUGACAGCCUUCCAGAUGCUUGAGAUGACGGCUGUCGUUGCCGUGCAAUGGAGUCCGCGAGUCCAACUCGCACUGCUCGGUCUCGCCAAGUGUGACGUGCCGUCUAUCAAGUCUCCAGUCAAGUUCGCCCACAUUGAGCUCGGCAUCAUCGCCACUGUAGACCUAGACGCAGGUAUCUUGAAGGUAGAGGCACAACUCUCGCCCAACUCAUGGAUUAUUCACAAGAAUUGUCAUCUUACCGGCGGCUUUGCAAUGUACUACUGGUUUGGUCCCGGCCAAACUGACUGGGUCAUGACGAUAGGUGGCUACCACAGCGCCUUUGUUGUGCCGGCGCAUUACCCCCGACCCGACCGACUACGAAUUAGCUGGUCGAUUGACAGUUCCUUGAGUGUGACGGGCGAAGCCUACUUUGCCGUCACUCCCAAGGUGUGCAUGGGCGGCCUUCACAUUAGAGCUGCCUUGUCUCUUGGUGCCUUGUACGCCUGGUUCGACGCGGCCGCCGACUUUCUCAUGACAUACUCUCCAUUCCAUUUUAUUGCAGACGCCAAUGUGUCAGUUGGCGUGCGCUUCUCAAUGGACAUC